UCAUGUCACCAUCUGUCAACUUUGUUGAUCAUUCACGCCAAUUCAACCAGGGUGGCUAGAGAUUGUCCCCAUGUGCGACCAUACCAAAACUUAGAGAAAGGACCUGCACCUUAUCUUCUACUUUAUUUCUUGCAAGAAGUGCACACCCUUUUUACAAAUCGACUCUCACUGAAUCUUAUCAUCUUAUCACUUCUCUUUACUUCUUCCUUUUCAUCACUAUGGCUGAAGCUUUGGUGGGUGGAGCGGUUCUCUCUGCAUUCCUUCAGGUGGCGUUUGACAGAGUGGCUUCUCUUGAGGUCCUAGACUUUCUCAAGGGAAGGAAACACAUUGAUGGAAUGGUGCAAAAGCUGAAGAUAGAGCUGAUGUCUGCUGAUGCAGUGCUCAUUGAUGCAGAGGAGAAGCAAAUUACAAACCCUGCUGUGAAAGAGUGGCUUGACGAGCUUAAAGAUGCUGUUUAUGUUGCGGAUGACCUCCUGGAUGAGAUUGCCUAUGAAGCUUUGAGAUGCAAGUUAGAAGCUGAAUCCACUAGUAAGGCAAGGGGCUUGAUCUCUACUUUUGUUAGUUCAUUUGACAAAAGCAUACAAUCAGAGCUGAAAAAUAUUCUAGACAGAUUAGAAUCUAUUUCAAAACAAAAGGAUGUUCUUCGUUUAGAAAAAGUUGCUGCGGUUGGAAUACCUUCACGACCAUUGACAACUUCUUGUCCGGAAGAAUAUGGUGUCUUUGGCAGAGACAAAGAUAAGGAGGCUAUAUUUAUGAAGUUUCAAUCAAGUGAUGCAAGUGAUAAUGGUAUAUGUGUUGUUCCCAUAGUAGGUCUGGGUGGGGUUGGUAAAACAACUCUUGCUCGACUUAUAUACAAUGACAAAAGAGUAACGGAUAGUUUUGAUCACAAAGCUUGGGUUUGCGUUUCAGAAAACUUUGAUUGGUUUAGGAUAUUAAAAACUAUUUUGGAGGAUGCCACUUUGUCUAUGUGUGAUAUUCAAAACAUGAAUUUGCUUCAAAACAUGAAUUUGCUCCAAAACAUGAAUUUGCUGCAAAUUAAAAUUAGAGAGACAUUCAAAGACAAGAAAAUUUUCCUGGUUUUAGAUGAUGUUUGGAAUGAAAAUUAUGAUGAUUGGGUGGAGUUACUUAGAGUUUUUAAAUGUGGGGCACAGGAAAUUAAGAUCAUUGUUACGACACGAAGUAAAAAAGUUGAAUCAAUUGUAUGCACAGUUCCAGCUUAUCUUCUAAAUCAAUUGUCAAAUGAAGAAUGCUGGUUGUUAUUUGAAAAGCAUGCAUUUAGAAACGGAAGCUCUAGUGAAUUUCCAUUACUAAGGGAAAUCGGUAAGCAAAUUGUCCAAAAAUGUAGAGGCCUGCCUUUAGCUGCAAAAACUCUUGGGGGAUUGCUGCGUUUUGAAGAAGAUCUAGGAGAGUGGACAAAGAUUUUGAAGAGUGAUAUAUGGGAUUUACCAAAAGGAAAUAAUAGUAUACUUCCAGCUCUAAGAUUGAGCUACCACUAUCUCCCACCACAUUUGAAGCGUUGCUUUUCUUAUUGCUCGAUCCUUCCAAAGGAUUAUGAAUUUAAAAAGGAGGAAUUGGUCAAAUUGUGGAUGGCAGAAGAUUUAUUGCAGCAAUCAAAAGUACGUGCUCCUCAGCCUCCUGUGAGGAAAACCCAGAAAUCCGGUCACCCAAAGCCCUGCCACGCGCCUCCACGCGCCUCAGUUGUCUCUGGAAAAUCUCCCACGCGCCGCCUUAGAUUCCUGACUUCCAGAUCGUGUUCUUGGUACAUGCGUCGCCAUGGCGGCCUCCUCGUUCACCGAUCUACAAAACCCAGGCACCCGACCUCCAUUGGCAGCCGCACGCGCCACCACGCGCGAACAAUGGUUCUUGGAACUCUCACACGCGCCGCCUGCGUUUCAGGAUCCUUCCCACGCACCGCCACGAUUUCCUCAUGA